GUCAUGUGAUGCGGAAGCAGUAACGCACAAACGGCGGAUAUCUUUAGUAAACACGACGGCGGUAACGUCUGUGUGUAUGAGAAAGAUCUUGAUUUGUACAAAAAGCCGACAUGGGUUUGUCAGAGCUGGAGGAUUCACUGGACGCGAGGCUGCUAUUAUUCAUGGAGCAGCUGGAGCUACUGGGGGAGAAACGAGCCACUCUCAACUCCCUCAUAGAGCAGGGAUGGUUUUCCAUGUCCAAGGCUCGAUAUUCCAUGGGAAACAAGCAAGUGUCUGCGCUUCAGUAUGCAAGUGAGAUCGAGCCACUCGUCUGUGUUCAUGCUAGAACACUGGGAAGUGGUGACGUGGAGUUCUGCACAGAAAGAGUUGCACAAAGUAAGGAGUCUGGAAAAGAUGUUAGUUCUAUAGAGGAUAUUGGACCUCAAGAAGAAGGUGUCAGGAGAAGAAACAAACCUAAGAAUGUUACCCCAGAAAAAGAGGCAAAUGAUGAAGCAAGUAGUGAGAAAGCUCCUGAUGUAACUCCAGUGAGGAAAAGUGACCAGAAUCCUCAGCAAGACCCACUGAAAUGGUUUGGGAUUCUGGUGCCACAAUCUCUCAAACAAGCACAGUCAUCGUUCAAGCAAGUUAUAGAGCUGUCUGCUGAGAUUGCAGCCCUCCAGACCACCGUUUUAAACACCAGACAGGAACUGAAGAAGAGCAUGAAAGACAAACACUUUCUCCGGAAGGAAACCUCAGCUGCUCAGGCGGACGAGGCGGCAGAGUAAAUGACACUGUCGAAGACAAGCAGGAGGUGAUCUGAUACGAGCUCAAGGCCGCAGAUAGAGACUGAAUGGUGUCCUUUGAUUAUACGUCAGGGCCCAGUGAACUUUACCUGGUGGAUUUUUAAAUGGAGAUCACAGAUUUAGCUGUUCCCACUUGAUGAUGCAUUGAUAUCAUAUACUGUUUUGACUGUCUGACCGAAUGAUGUGUAGAAGGUUUGAGGUGGAUGUGCUUGUGAACGCUGUCUUUGAGGAUUUUUCUCAGGAUCAAUUAUAUCUGUGUUGUAGACUAUAAUAGAUUAAUUCAUAAUCUACAUAAACAGAACCAGUUUUAAACUUUUCAGUACAUAAUCGGCACCGCUUUUCUGAUCAAGCAGCAGAGUCCAUAAUUAAAAUGGAAGGGCUUCAUUAUUUAUUAACAAAUCAAUAUACUGAUGCUUCAUAGGUCGUGGUUUGCCAUGUUUGGGAAAGAUGUAUAUCCCUCUUAUUAGGUUAGUGUGCUGUUGUAGUGCUGAAUAAAUUAUGAACAAAUUUGGGAGA